CCACUACACCCAAAACGCUGUGAAGCCGGACGAAAAUUUCAAGUAAUAUUUAUUUCUAGAUGAGAUCGCAUUAAAACAUGACUAACGUUGAACCAGAAACUGUGCUGUACAGCAUAUUAGCAUUAGUGAUAAUAGAAAAUGCAUUGGAGAUCUACAUUUCCCUGCGCCAGGUAAAAGUGUACAGAACAGCUCUGCAAGUGCCGGGAGAACUACAGUCACAUAUGACCGAUGAAACUUUCCAUAAGGCGCGAAAAUAUGGACUCGAUCAGGAGAAUUUCGCUAUUUUUAAGGCGCUACUGAUGGAUGUCAUUUUGCUGUGUAUGGAGCUUUACAUCGGCUUGAUUGCGCUUGUGUGGCAAAUGUCCGUAGAUGUAGUGAAACGAUUGCACUGGGAUCAUGAAAAUGAAAUAAUUGUGAGCUGCGUGUUUGUGCUCAUAUCGAAUGUGAUGAGUACAUUCAAGUCAUUGCCGUUCAAGAUCUACAAGAUAUUUGUGCUGGAGGAAAAGCACGGCUUCAAUAAGCAGACGGCGGGCUUUUUUGCUUGGGACCAAGUGAAAGGUUUCUUGGUAGCUCAGGUGCUAAUGGUACCCAUUACUGCGGCAAUCAUAUUCAUAGUACAACGUGGCGGCGACAACUUCUUUAUUUGGCUAUGGCUGUUCACAGGCGUAAUAUCGCUGAUACUGCUUACGAUCUACCCUAUUUUCAUUGCUCCACUCUUUGAUAAAUACACACCUCUGAAGGAAGGCGCAUUACGCAAAUCCAUUGAAGAUCUGGCCGCCUCGCUAAAGUUUCCUCUAACCAAACUAUAUGUUGUAGAGGGCUCAAAGCGAUCGUCACACAGUAAUGCGUACUUUUAUGGCUUGUGGAACUCUAAGCGCAUUGUCCUUUUUGACACACUUCUGUUGAAUAAAGGUCAAGCAGACGAUUCACAGCUUGCUGAUGCUGAGAAAGGCAAGGGCUGUACCGAUGAGGAGGUGCUGGCUGUAUUAGGCCACGAACUGGGCCAUUGGAAGCUAGGCCAUGUCACCAAGAAUAUUAUUAUUAUGCAGGUGCAUUUAUUACUCAUGUUCCUAGUUUUUGGUUAUUUGUUCAAUUUUGCGCCUUUCUAUGAGGCGCUUGGCUUUGCGCCCGGCACAUGCCCCAUAUUAGUUGGGCUGCUUAUUGUAUUUACAUACGUUAUGGCGCCCUACAAUGCCAUUGUGAACUUUGCCAUGACUAUCCUUUCGCGGCGUUUUGAAUAUCAAGCCGAUGAGUUUGCAUUUAAUUUGGGCUUUGCCGACCAGCUGGGACGUGCACUCGUCAAGCUCAACUUGGACAACUUGGGUUUCCCUGUCUAUGACUGGCUCUACUCUACCUGGAAUCAUUCACAUCCCACACUCCUGCAGCGAUUGGCCCGUCUUAAGGAGCUUGGCCUUGACAAGAAGCUAAACUAAUCACAAAGCAAGACCAAAGCAACAAACUGAAAUAGGUAAUCGUGCAUUUUUAAUGUAUGUAUUUCUAUGUGUGUAUUUCUAAUAGCUUAUAUUUGAAAUAAACGUGGCUUCAGCUAGUAAAUACUUUAAA